CUGCACCGCCUCUCCCCACCAGCACAGCCCACUCAAUCUGUAGGGUUAUUAUGUGCUGGAUGACAACUAUUGCUGGCAUAUCGCCCCUGCCUCCUGCCACUCGGCCGUUAGCCCAGCGCGAUAGCUUUUGACUUUCUGCGCACGCGCUCGGAUGCGAGCACCAUUCUGCAGCACUCUGCUCGCAAUUACCCAGUAGCGCGCGUCUGCUGUAGGAACGAGGUACACCGUAAUAUAGCUCCGAAGCGUAAUUGCCGAACGUUCCUAAGCUGGCCUAAGUUUGGCCCACUCCUCUAGGGUUGGCAGACCCAGCUCAAGCCGCUGUUAUUCGCGCGUUGCCGCUGUUUUGAGUGCGAAUCGCCGGUCCCCUCUGAGUCUCCAGUCUCCUCCGCCACGAAACUGGCCAACUGCGAGGCGAGGUGAGGGGAAGGAGAACUCGUAGCGGUAUCGUUCGCGGGAGGCGCGUUGUUUAUUCGACGCGCGGCUCGUGGCGUGGCGCGGGGCGAAAGGCGAGUGGGUCCGGCCGCCGGGGGUGGUGAGACGAGGGGGCGCGGAUGAAGCGGAGGCAGGGCGGGAGGGAAGGCGGGGAGGGCGGGACUGGCGACGAGGGUGGGAGCGGAGAGGCGGGUAAGCGGCGCAAGGGGCGCGCGGAUGAUUGGGACAACCACUUGGCAGAAGGUGCUGAAGGGCCUCGCAAGAAAGGCGGCGGGAAGGUCACGAGGGGAGGGAAGCGGGAGAAGGACGUGGACGAGGUGAGGGAGAGUGGGGGAGGAGGCGGAAGAAAAGGGAGGGGAGCGACGGGCGCAGGGGAAGAUAUGGCGGCGGGGAGAGAAACGGCGGCGGGGAAAGCAGCAGGCACAGGUCGGAAUGGGGGGUGUUUAGGAGGGGAAGACGGGGCUGAGGGCAGGAGGAAAGCAAAGAGGGGCAAGAAUCAGAAGGCGGUUUGGCAUGGCAUGUGGCGGCGAUGCUCCAUUGCUGUGCGGCGGGCGCGGAGCGUGUGGAUGAAGAAACGGUGGCGGCAGGAGAGGCUGAGAGGGGUGCAGAGAGAUGCGGAGGGCGAGGCAGAGGGAGAGGCAGCGACAGAGACAGAUGCAGAGGCAGAAGCUGAGGCAGAGUUCAAUGCGGAGGCAGAGGGUAAGGAGAAAAGGGUGGUGGAGAACGAAACACGGAGGAGUACGAGAGGGGGGGGCAAGAGGCGGAGAGAGCAAGGGGAUGAAGGAGGUGCUGGGGGGUUGAGCGGGGGGGACAGGGGCAGGGGAGUGGGGAGAGGGAGGGGGCGGGGAGAGAUGAAGAGGCAGCAGGAGGAACGGGAGUGGAGUGCGGAGGACGAGGAGGAAUGGGCGGACGAAUGGAGUAGCGAUGAGUCUGAGAGCUGGUCCUGUGAUGAUGGGGAUGAGGAGGAAGAGGAGGAGGAGGAGGAGGAGGAGGAGGAGGAGGAGGAGGAGGAGGAGGAAAAAGGUGAGGAUGAGGAGGAAGAGGAAGAGAUGAUGGUCGAACCAGACAAGGGAGAGUGGGAGGAAGAAGAGGCGGACGAGCAUGAUGUUUGGGAGGUCAGGAGAGCAGCCGAUGCAGGCGAGGAGAGCAGGGGGGAGCGGAGCGAAGAGGGAAGAGGGGAGGACGAGAAAGAGAAGGUGGGGGAGGAAGGUGGAGGAGAGGAGAGGCAGGAGGAGCGGGGCAAGGACCGAGAGGAGGACUGCCAUGCUGCCACAUCCUCGCCACAGUCAAGCAUCCCUGCUCCGAUAACUCCCAACCGCACCUCCGGCAAUGCUCGCGGUAGAGGGGCCGCUCGUGUGAGCCCUGCGCCAGUUGAGCGUGUCACCACCAUGGAUGCGGAACGUGCAGAUGCGGUUGCAGCAGCGGAGAACGUGGGUGCUGGAGCAGGCUCAGGGAAGAAAGAUUGCGGCGGAGUGGGAGAGAGGGUUGGGCCGAAGCGGCGUUCGACUCGAGGGAUCACUCGGGAGGAGAAGUUUCAAGUGCGAGCGGUGGCCACUUAUGGGCUGGUGGAUGUGAUGGCCUGUGGGGCUGCUGCAAUCGACCUCCAGGAAGAUUUUGCGGCGGCUACUGCGAGGCACAUGGCAGAAAUUGUGCCCCUGGGGGAAUUGGAGCAACACUUGAAGGGCGAAGUCGAGAGGAUAAGUGAGAAGCAAAGGCGGAACACUCAGAAAAUGGCAAAUGAGCUGAAAGGGGCAUAUGCACAGUGUGAGGAAAUUGUGGAGAUGACUAUAAGGAAGGUGGAAAACGGGGAAAGAUAAUGCUCUGCUAUGGGACUGCGGUGUAUUUUUAGGCUAAUUAGUUGCUGCGACUGAGCAGCUCCAAACGGAGC